AUGCUUCCUUCCUUCUUCCUGGCCUUUCUCGGCGGCAUCCUACUUAUCCCGGCCCAGGCCGAAGAAGCACCAACUCUUAAAAGCCUGGGCUCCUUGCCCUCGUUCAGGAUCUCACGCUCCGGCCUCCCCGUCAGCUUCGCUGCCGUCGGCGGAAAAUGCGACACCGGCAGUGUGAAAUGCAACGACCGCUGCAUGCCCGAGGGGGAGUGCGACGGGGGAGAAACGUGCACCGCGGGCGACCUAUGUUCCCGUAGCGCGGGCGAUGUCCCGAACUGCGAUCCAGGCACGACCGCUUGCGGCAAUAGGUGCAUGCCCUCUGAUGCGGUGUGCUGCGAUGGCGGAAGUUACUGCGACACCGGGCAGAUCUGCGUAGAAGGCGGCUCAUGCCGCAAGGGCGACGACAAGGCUUUCGAAGACAAGGACGAGAGUACGACGACAAGCAUGCCCCCGGCUAUAACGGCCGAUCUUGGAGACACAUCGGGCGAGCACCGGACCACGGCGGCGGUCCGAGGUACAGCGGCUCCCACGACCAUGAGUGCGUCAGCUGGGGCGCUGCGCGGGGCGUACGUCAACAAGGCUGCCUUGGCUGUUGGUUUGUGUGCAGCUGUGUCAUUGGUUAUCUGA